UUUUUUUUUCUCUCAAUUCAUUAUUAUACUAUUCUAUUAAUAUAAAAUAAACAUCAUGUCGAUUUCUCAACGCUUAUUUACUGACGCUUUACGUGAUAUGCAACGUGCUAUGACAGUCUUUGAACAGCCAUUCUUUAGUGCUACACCUCGUCAUUCCUUAUUAGGAGGCACAUUCUUCCAUGAUAAUAAUGGUUCUGAAUUUGGAAAUCAAAUAUUAACUUCUUCUUAUCCUGCUACAGAUAUGAUUGAAACUCCUGAACAUUAUGAAUUACAUGCUGAAUUACCUGGUUAUGAUAAGAGUAAUAUCAAGAUAGAAUUGGCCGACAACCAUACAUUAGUUUUGAGUGGAUCUAUUAAAAAACAACUUGAAAGUAAGUCUGUUGAACCUGAUACAGACACUGAUAUUGAAAAUCAAUCUGAUAAAGAAAAGAAGCAGUUAGCAACCACACAAACAAGAGAUAAUCAAGUUAACAUCUUCAAUGAAGAAGGACGACAAUGGUGGGUUAAAGAGCGUAUAUCCGGCUCAUUUACAAGAUCUUUUUCUUUUCCUUCGCCAAUCAAAGCUGAUAAUAUAAAAGCUUCAUAUGAAAAUGGCAUACUCAAAGUUAUUGUUCCAAAAACUAUUGAAAAUAAUCCCAAAAUAAUUAAUAUCGAAUAGGUUCCCUUUUUUUUUUCUUUUGCUUACAACUGUAUAUUCAAUUCAUAAUAAAUAAAUAAAUAAAUAAA